AUGGCCCGUGACACCUGCAUUGACCUGGCAGAAAGCACUGCAGGUGUGGUCAAGAGCAGCCUCUACAGCGAGGACGGCAUGGGGGUGGCGACGCUCGGCACGCUCUACGGCGCUGUCCUCCUGUCCUCCAUGUUCCUUCCACCCAUCCUCAUCAAGAGAUGUGGCUGCAAGUGGACCAUUGUUGGCUCCAUGUGCUGCUACGUGGCCUUCUCCCUGGGCAACUUCUACGCCAGCUGGUUCACCUUGAUCCCCACCUCCAUCUUGCUGGGGCUGGGAGCGGCCCCCCUGUGGUCUGCUCAGUGCACCUACCUCACAGUCCUGGGGAACACGCAUGCACAGGAAGUGGGCGAGCUCGGCGAGGACGUGGUGAACCAGUACUUCGGCAUCUUCUUCCUCAUCUUCCAGUCCUCUGGUGUGUGGGGCAACUUGAUCUCCUCUCUGGUGUUUGGGCAGACUCCCACUCAAGAGGCCACCCCAGAGGAGCACCCUGAGUCCUGUGGGGCCAACGACUGCCUGAUGGCCACAGCACCCACCAACAGCACCCACCGCCCCUCCCAGGAGCUGAUCUACACACUUCUGGGCAUCUACACCGCCAUCGGCGUCCUGGCCAUCCUGCUCACAGCCGUGUUUCUGGAAGCCACAGAGGACAGUGAAUCCCAGAACGAGGCCGAGACGCAGCCACCACGCCUUGGGUCCACCUUACUGUCAACCUUCAAGCUCUUCAGGGACAAGCGCCUGUGCCUCCUGACCCUGCUGCCCAUGUACAGUGGACUGCAGCAGGGGUUCCUCUCUGGAGAGUACACCAGGUCCUUUGUCACCUGCGUCCUGGGCAUCCAGUUCGUGGGCUACGUGAUGAUCUGCUUCUCGGCGUCCACUGCGCUCUGCUCUCUGUUGUUUGGGAGGCUCUCCCACUACACGGGCAGGAGAGCCAUCUACGUGCUGGGUGCAGCCACCCACCUCUCCUGCAUCGUGGCCCUGCUGCUGUGGCGUCCACGCUCCUCCCAGAUGGCAGUGUUCUUCCUGCUCCCCGGCCUGUGGGGCAUGGGGGAUGCUGUCUGGCAGACGCAGAACAAUGCUCUCUUUGGCACCCUGUUCGAGAGGAACAAGGAAGCGGCUUUCGCCGGUUACUGCAUGUGGGAGGCCCUCGGCUUCGUCGCCGCCUUCGGCUACAGCUCCUUUCUCUGUGUCAGUGUCAAGCUCUACAUCCUGCUGGGCGUCCUGGCGGUGGCCAUGGUCUCCUACGGGACUGUUGAGUACCUGGAAUCCAGGAGCCCGGUCAAGACCCUCACGGCCACACAGACCAGCCAAGCAGUGGAGGAAGAGACGGGGACGGCGAUGUGACAGCAGUGGGCCAUGGUGAGGGACUUCCACCACCCGAGUUCCAAAGGGGUGCGACGAGCCGGCUGAACGCAGGGAGGCAGCCUCCUGAGCCCACAGAGGGGUCUCCACAUUCACAUGGCAGAUUCAGGACUUGCUUCCUGUCCGAUGCUGAUCUCCCAGAGGCUCGCACACCAUCAGGAACCGGGGCCGCCCUGAACAGGGCCAUGCACACACCUCGACGUCCUGUAAACAGGUGCUGGACUGCAUUGCACCUCAGUGCAAGGGGUUCUGACCUCCGCCUGGAUAGAAAGGUGCAGCUCUGGGAGUGGGCGUCACCCGAUGGGUUGAAUCACACGCCCUGUGGGUUGUCAGCCUAGCCUUUGCCCUUUUGUGGAUAGAAUGUUCCAUGCGUUAGC